UUCUUACCUUUACUGCUGUUAAUUAGUAAUGACUCAUUACCCCAUGCACAUUUCACUCCUUGAUAUCUUUAUUGCUGCAGCUGGUGACACGCGCUACCUGCUACUCAAUAAACAAAAUGAUGGAAGUAUUUUUCAUGCAGCACGUGUACUGGCAUUUUGAGGUGAAGAGAGAUGGUUUACUCAUCAAAUGAUAACUGAUUUUCUUUCUUCUCUGACAUUUCAGACUCCAUCGUAAUCGGCUUCUGGGUUGGACUUGCUGUGUUUGUCAUUUUCAUGUUCUUUGUGCUCACUCUGCUCUCAAAGACAGGAGCGCCACAUCAAGAAAACCCAGACUCUGCUGAAAAGCGCCAUCCACCAAGCAGCUGUCUAGUAGACAUCCACACUCCUCAGGACGAAAAUGACAAAGCCUUCUCUCGUCCGUUGUUAACGGGGUCUCGUUCUUAUUUUCAUUUCUACAUUAAUAACGAGGAGGAUCAGCGUCAGGGGAAGCAAAACCCAGAGGACAAGAGAGUUGGAAAGCACAGCGGGGCGCGAGCCCAGCAGCGGACCAGAGGAAUCAGCUCCUCUGGGAUGGAUGAGAUGGAAGAGGAUGUUGAGGAAGCUGAGGGACACCAACCUCUCAGGGGACUAAUAGAGGAGAGUCAGGCAGACAGAGAAUGUUCCUUCUUUUCCCACUUCAACAUCCCUAACUUUGUGAACUUGGAGCACAGUUCAACACUUGGAGAGGAUGAUCUGCUAUAUGAGCCCUCUGUCAUACUGGAGCGCCAGUCUCAAUCUCAGGAUGCUCACCGUGACAUCCACUGAGUCUGUUUAUACGAAGACAUCACAGGCAUGGACAUAGUGUUAUUGUUAAAUUACAUGGCCAUUUGUGAUCUGAUGGGGAAAACACACACACGUCUGACACACAGCUACCUUUUUUCCUAAAAAGUGUCUCUUCUUGGAGAGUUUUAGCCUUUUCAGGGAGCAUACAUGUAGAUCAACAAGCAAAAGGGCAAAAUUCCAUACUAAGUGUAACUCAGUUAUAAGAUGAGAUUUAUUCCUGAAUGUAAAAUUGCCUCUCAAAUGGUACGCUUUACUGUGAGUACUAGGUUACUCUGAAAUGGAUGCAGCUGUAUUGUGCCUGGACUAGAUGUCUUUCCAAACAAAAUGAGAGGAGUGGCUCACCAGGGAGAGAUGCUUGGUACAAUUAAUUCUGCUAUUAUUGCUGUCUUGCUUUCUUGUGCAGUUCCGUACAAUGGACAUUAUCUCCCCAGCAGGACACGGAUGCCAGAUUAAAAGCAUGGAAUUCAAUAAUGUUUGUUCUAAAAUGAAAUACCCUCUAUUAGAAAAGGUGAAAUGUACUUUAACCGUGGGAUUAGUACCACAAAAUCAAACGUAUCAUUACAGGGUAGGUAACCUAAGACCUUGGAUGACAAUGUGAUAUAAUACUUUUGUAUUACUAUGAACAUAGUGGAGGGAUAUAGCAACUAAAGAGCCACACAUUUCCUUUAGGAGUUGGAGCUGAAAGGUAAUGACUCAAAAUAAAUGUUUAUAUUGCUCCGUAUUUACUGGAUAUGUAAAGUAAGUAUUUGCUAACACAUGUCAACUUCAAGUUGAUAAUAUGUCAAUGUGGUGUUUCAAGUGGCCAAAAAAUGAAUGAAUGCAGGUUUGAGUCUUCAGACAGUGUAGCAGAAUAUCUGUAUUUAUAGGAGCACUUGUGUAAAAGGAUUAAAUUAAAGUGAUGUUUGGAAUUGUCCUUAUUUGUUGAUAAUAUAUUUAAUGUCUAUGUAGAUUUGAGAUAGGGAAUAAGACAUACAAACUGUUUUACUAAGCAGUGCUGCACUCCGGUCUGGGUCUUAAUUCAUGUAGAAAUCAAAUUUGAAAAACACAGCCCAUUAACAGGACGUGUCAGGGAAAAUAAAUGUUCGAGCUCAGUCUUCUGUCCUCUGACAUAGCUCAUGUUCUUAAAAAGGUGGGCAGGUGGGACCAGGCUGAAAUGUGAUUAGCUAGUUUCUGAGAAAUAUUGGCAGGGAAGGCUUUCACAAUUUAGUCAGUGUUCUUUUUUCUGUACCAAGCGCACCAACAAGGAAAUUAUAUGCUCUUGUUUUUUCUGAAAUAACAA